GUGUUUGCAAUGUAUACAGGGGUUUGCAAAAGUUUGGGCAUCCAUGGUCAAAUUGCACGCUUUUAAAAAAAAAUUUUCUUUUUCCUUGCUUUAGACCAAGAAGCCAUUUUGUUAUUAUUAAUCCCUCCUUCUCCAACACGCUCAUUCUCUCAGACGGAUUCUCUCACCAUCCCUUCGUAGUGGUGCUAUCCAGCAGGCUGGCUAGCCAGGCUUAGUUGUCUUAGUUACCCCUGGACGAGCUCUAGGGCUGUUGUUUGCGUUGCAAGCAUGCCGAAUGUUCCUCGCGUGUGCGCCCUACCUGGAUGUACAAACAAAGAGGACGAUGUUAUGGUGUCAUUUUUUCAGUUUCCUAAGAAUGACGCGAUUCAGAAGAAAUGGGUGGCGUUUUUGAAAAGCUACGACUACUCCGGCACGAUCAGCGCAAACACCCGCUUGUGCAGUGACCAUUUCACAAAGCCGGACAGCUUUCAAAAUUAUAACCAGAGACUUCUUGGCCUGGCCAAAUUCCUGAAACUCGUUACUGGGGCUGUUCCCUCUUUACCCCCUGCCCGGGAUCAUCAUGUUCGUCCUACUGCUGGAACUUGCGAGAAGUCCUACCUGCACCUCCAGACCAGCCCCGCGUGGCAGCCCAGUCUGGCCCUGAGGUCUGACCUGCCCAGGCCGGGUACGGAUAAGCCAGGGGGACCCACAACAGAGGUACGGAGGACGGAAACUCCCCGAAGCACAAGCUCGUCGGUCCAAACGGACCUGACCAUGGCUGGAAUGGAACACACGGAGGAUCAGGACGAAUCCGCCCCUCGAAAACACGGCCAUGGUAUCUACCACCGGAGAACUUACGCAGAGUGCACUGAAGUGUUGAACCACAGCCUUUCCCGGAACAAUCCGGCAGGUCCCAGCAGGAACGCACGCUCGCAGAGGGAGGGGGCACCGCCGAAGCGGUCGAGAGUGGAGAUUAUCGAAGACAGUCGCCCUGCAUACCAGAUCGACAAAAUUACAAUAAAAUCAGAGGUGCUCCCAGAUCCCCAAGUCGAGAUGAACAGAAUCCCAGAAGAUGAGACGGACCACGUCCGCGUGCAGUGCAAAGCGGAGCCGCAGGUCUGGCAGAUCGGGUUCAUAGGAGCUGGGAACAUGGCCUUCGGAAUAGCCCAGGGAAUUCUGAAGUCAGGAGAGGUCCAUUCCGAAAACGUGAGAGUGAGCGCGCCGUCCUCCAACAACCUGGGGCGCUUUCAGCAAAUGGGCGUGGCCGUCACGCACGCCAACGCGGAGGUGGUGCGCGGGUCGCGGCUGCUGUUCCUGGCGGUGAAGCCCCACCUGGUCCCCGCGGUCCUCCAGGAGGUCGCCCACCUCGUCACCCGCGAGCACGUCGUCGUCUCCGUGGCAGCGGGGGUCACCAUAGCGACGGUCGAAGCGCUGCUCCCCCCGGACUCUGUGGUCAUGCGGCUCAUGCCGAACCUGCCCUGCGUGGUCCAGGAGGGGGCGCUGCUGUUCGCGCGGGGGUCCCAGGCCCGGCCGGAGCACGGGGCCGUCCUGCGCGGUCUGCUGGCGCCCUGCGGCCUGGUGGAGGAGGGGCCGGAGACCUGGAUCGACGCCCACACAGGGCUGAGUGGCAGCGGGGUGGCUUUCGUGUACCUGUUUGCAGAGGCGUUGGCUGAGGGCGGGGUGAAGAUGGGCAUGCCCAGUGCUCUUGCACACCGCAUUGCUGCUCAGACCGUCCUGGGGGCGGGCCACUUGCUGCGGGACUCGGGGAAGCACCCCGCCCAGCUGCGGGCGGACGUCUGCACCCCCGGCGGCACCACCAUCUUCGGGCUCCACGAGCUGGAGAGGGGGGGUCUGCGGGCCGCCACCAUGGCAGCCGUGGAGGCCGCCACCGAGAGGGCCAGGGAGCUGGGCAGGAAGUGACACGGCGGGGGAUAACGGGAAACCGCGGAGCCUCGUGCUGAUCACGGACUGGAGGACCGCCCUGGACCGCCCUGGACCGCCCUGGACCGCCCACGCGGCGCCACGGGGCUACGCGUCUCACCCUGCGGCCUUCAGGACUUCAGGAUGGCACCGAUGUCUUCGCCCUUUCUGUCCCACGAGUGCCAUAUGCCUCUCUUGACCUCACACCUUUUCAACCGUUCAUCAAAAUGACCACGAUAAGAUUGUUUUCACCCCCGACUUCUCAACUUUCUAAAUUUUCUCAACCGAAGACGCUUUGGGAUUUGGGCGGAGCCACCGCAUACUGGGCUUGAGACUGAAACGGUUGAA